AUGGCCAAACAAUUCUAUCAGCAUAUUGCACUCUCGACCCCCUCUUCCAGGCCUAACAAUGCUUGGCGUCUAUUUCUGACUAAAAGAUUAACGACCACCCUUUUGCAAGACAGAUGCAUUUUCCUGGAUUCAAUCGAAUCAAUUGCAAAUAUCUGUUCUCGUCGUCACUAUUACAUGCAUACAUACAUGCAUACAUGCAUACAUACAUACAUACAUGCGUACAUACAUACAUACAUACAUACAUACAUACAUACAUACAUACAUACAUACAUACAUACAUACAUACAUACAUAUAUACAUACACACCAUGCACGCACACAUACACACGAAUACACGCACAUAUUAAGCAAAGCCUUGUUAGAUGCCAAAAACAGUGGAUGA